CAAAGUUGGCUUUACAGAACGUAUCUGUACUUUCCCACCCUACAUUACAUUCUUCUGGGUAGAGAAGCCUAAACUCUCUAGGGACCCUUUUCUCUAUCUCUUUUUUCUUUUCUUUCUUUCUUUCUUCUUUUUGUUUUGCUUUUCGAUUUGUUUUGUUUUCGAAAUUACAGUGAUCAAUAUUGGAAGAAAUCUCACAUUCAGAUCAUAAGCAGAAAUAUACAAAGAAACAUGGCCAAGGCUUCUUCUUUGUGUUCUCUUCAUGUACUACAGCCAUCUAUCCGGAGCAGUUGCAGUCGUCGUCAUCAUGUCAUGCAAGUAAGAGCUCAGAGCUUAGAUGAAGGUAGAUCGAGGAAUAUUGUAGAUGCAAAUUUGAGUGUUCUAAGAGAGAAGAUAGAAGUAAUUAAGAUGAGGGAGAGACUUGAGAAAUGUUGCAAUAAUAAGCACCAACAAUAUGGUUGGAAUUAUGCAGCGGGUUAUAAUUACAAACUCAGAAGAGCAAGGGAGGUAUCAACGUUCUUCGAGCUCAUGCGAUUGGUUUGUGUGACUGUUGGUGCCACUUGUUUUACUGCUACUCUCUGCCUUGUCCUUGUUUCGCUCGUGGUAAAUUUGAAUCAAUAAUGAUAAAUAUAAAUAUCUUUGUAAAAAAAAAAAAAAGAUGUACAUCUCUCUAGCCCACUUAUUGGACUAUUUUUUAUUUGUCAGUUGUCGUUCAUGAGAUUUGAACUUAGAAUAUCAAAUAUGCACUUUCUUUUUUUUGGGA